GUCCAAACCCUACAAAUCUUCGCGCUUUAAAAAUUCUACUUGAUGAUGGACAUGCCGACCCGGAACAGAAAGCGCACACGCGUGAUCGAGAUAGUCGCAAAAUGGAACUUCUGAAACAGUAGCGCCUUGGGGGCGUUGUGCUCUUAAUGGUGUCCGAGUUGGUGCCUCAACAUCCUCGACGGAGAACUCGCACAGGAUGUCUGACGUGCAAGAAGAGGAAGAUCAAAUGUGACGAAAGUAAACCUUCGUGUCAAAAGUGCAGCUCAACUGGCCGCAAAUGCGACGGAUAUGCCCCAACAUUAGCAACUGGACUCGCCGGUUUCUUGUUGAUGCUCAGGAAUCCGGGCGUGCCGGAGUUUGAGGCUCAGGCACAGCAGGCUUUGCAAUACUUUUGUGAGGUGUCCGGCCCGGUCCUGACGAACUUUGGCAGUGCUCGCUUCUGGAAUCGCCUCGUCCUACAAGCGUGUCAUUCCGAGGACCGCAUAGCUAUUACCUCAACGAGAUCCACGGAGUUAUCUCAUGCAAGCAAUCGACUGUUCUUGCAGCAUUACGGAAGUGGUCUGAAGCUUCUCACGACACAGUCACAGCAAAACGUGACCACCGAAGUCAUCCUCAUUUCUUGUCUCCUGUUGAUCGUCUGUGAGGAACUCCGAAACAAUGCCUUUGCGGCACUACAGCAUGUCGUCGCGGGCCGGAAGGUCAUCAGCGACUACUGCCAGACAUGCCGAAAGCAGCCCAAUGCAACCAUGCAAGAACUUGGAGCCAUUUUUGGGAGACUAGGUUACCGCGCCGGAGACUGUGAUAUCGAGAACAAAAUACACAGCCGAACCAAUAUUGUUUUUGGUGCUCAACAGACCGACACCUCUGUGCCUAAAAGCUUGCCCAACCCACGAUCUUCCGAUCUGUCUGCUUGGACCAGUAUCGAAACGGGUGCAGAUGCCUUACGGCGUAUUGUGGCGCUGUGCAUGCAACCUUCUGAGACUGGCUGGCCACUAAAUUCUUCUUCUCCUCCAAAGACACGAUUCCAAAGCGUCGGGGGUGGCAUCAGUGAAGAGCUAAAUCGUUGGGCCUUCGAUUUCAGCACAUUCACGGCCACAGUAGAUGACGAUAAGUCCGCCGAGCAUCAACCUCAACUCCUUCUGCUACAAAAUUACUAUCUAUGCAUGACGAUCAUUUCCCGAUGCAUUCCGUUUCGGGAUGAGACUCUGUUUGAUGGGUAUAUCCCCAACUUCCAGCAUUUAUUGAACACAUCUUCCAGGUUGCUCCAGCAAGAGGUGGCAACCGGCUUGGCUCCCAUUCUCUUCUUCGUCGCCACCCGAUGCAGAGAUCCGGCACUUCGACGACGAGCGAUCUCAUAUCUCCACCAAUGUUCAUGGGAAGGCAUCAGGCUGUCUACAAUCGCAGACCAGGUCAUCAAGUUGGAAGAGCGAAAGAUCGGCCACAGCAUCUCUUGCUGCGGUGACAUAGCAGAGGAACGGCGAGUGGUGGUCACAGACAUCUCAUUUUCGGACAACUCACUCUGCACAUUACAUCUAAUACGGCCUUCCAAGUGGCACCCUCCCGAAACUCUUCACCACAAUUUUACAUGGAUCGAUGUACACGAUGAUGCCGCUGUGACCUGCUCGAUCGUUCAGGUAAGUGCAAUCUCUGACGGGCUCCUGUCAAUCUGACAGUACCUGGCCCUCACACUAGCUGAUGAUUUGGUAGUUGCUAUGGAGAACUCUGAGAUUCAAA